GUUCAGUAUUGAAUCAUUUCUGCUCUGUUGAAGGUCUGAUAGACUGAAAGCUCAAAAUAGAGUGAAAUACUGCGUAGAUCUAAGUGUGCAGAAAUCUAUUUUUAUCAAUUAUGAAUAUAAAGUAAUGAAACAGACAGUAAACGAAUACAGUGCAGCUGUUUCAACUGCUUGUUGUUUCGCUGCUGCAUCUCAUUGGCUCGUUUUUGGCGGUUUGUGAAGAGCUUCGAGGAGAUGACGUUUUUUGUUUCUCGUCAUUGUGAACGCAGCACCAACCUCAGUGUGAAUAUAUACAGGACUGUGCAUACGGUGAUUCUGAGGUGUUUUAUUGAGAAAGCUGUGACCGGAAGCUGGCUGUGUGACCGCCGCUGUGAGACAGCUGUGUGAGAGGAGCCGUCAUGUCGCUGCAGUUUACAGAUGAGGAGUUUCAGAGCGCGUGGGGGGAGCUGGACGAGCCGCAGCUGGAGGGAGGAUGGGAGCUUUUCACCGAGACGAUGGGAGUGAAAAUCUACCGGCUUUUCGACAAGGAAACUGGACUUUAUGAGUAUAAAGUCUUUGGUGUGCUCGCCACCUGCACUGCAGAGCUGUGUGCAGAUGUCUACAUGGACUUGGCCUAUCGGAAACACUGGGAUGGAUAUGUGAAAGAGCUCUAUGAGAUGGAGUCUGAUGGACAGAAGGCAAUCUACUGGCAAGUGAAAUACCCGUUCCCUCUGUCGAACAGAGACUAUGUGUACAUGAGGGAGCGGAGAGAUCUGGUUGUGGACAACAGGAAGAUCUGGGUGAUCCUGGCCAGAAGCUCCACAGGAACGGCGUGUGAAGAGAAGAGCGGUGUGCUGCGGGUGAAGGAUUACAAGCAGAGCGUCGCCUUGGAGAGCGACGGCGCCUCUGGAACUAAAGUUUUCAUGAAUUACUUCGACAACCCUGGCGGCAUGAUUCCUACCUGGCUGGUGAACUGGGCAGCUAAGAGUGGGGUUCCAGGUUUCUUAACAGACAUGCAGAAGGCCUGCAGCAAUUACAGCAACUACUGCCAGAAGAAAUGAAUGCAACAGACAGGACACUAGCUCAGGCUAAAGGGCUCUGAUAAUCUGUAUUUUUUUAUUAUUUUAGUUUUGGGAUGUUUAAUGAUCAAAUUGUAAGUGAAUGUGGCAUGAUGUGGGCUGCUACUUCUUGUUGAAGCAUGCUGUUGGCUCAGGCAUGUGCAUGACCGGCCGCCCUCAUUAAAAGGCUGGUGUGAAAUCAAUUCUGUUCCAUUGUGCUGUAUGAACAAACACUGUAUUGUCUUUUCUGUGCAAUCACUGUAAACUCCAGGGUUUGGGGGGUGGGGGGAGCUUUUCUGGAAUAUUUUAAAAGGUAAAUUUUAUUAAAGACUCAUUAUUUUAGGCCUUACAUGGUGAAACAAUGAUUAGUUUACAUUACAGGUCCUAUGACUAUCCUCAUGCCAGUUACUUCUUGUUUUAAAAUUGUUUCCUGUAGAUGUUAAAUGUGGCCGAUGCAGUGUUUGUUUCCACUGGAUCCCUCAAAUUCAUUGUCCAUUUCAAUUCACUUGAAUUCUCUUGUUACAAUGAUGAGCAAAUGACAAAUCUUUACUUUCAGAGGAAUGUUACCUCAUAGAUUUUUUUGUGUUUCCUUUUAAAGAGUCGAUUACUUAUGCAAAUAUUCAUGUUUUAAUCCUCUUUGCUGAUUUAUUAUGGGUGCAUAUAGCCAAAAAUACACUAUCUGGGAUACUAUUGUAUUGGACUCAGGCUAUAAUUUCUGUCAAUCAGUUGAUACAGAUAAUUAUGGAUUUGAUUUGGUCAUGAAUAGCUUAUUACUGUGUAAUAUUGCUGUGUCAUUAUAAUUAAUAAAACUUUAAGAUUCAGUACUUUAAA